UUCAGCUGUAAACGAUUACAAACAGGGGGAACAUUACAAUGACGAUAAAAUGGGACGUUCCUUGAAACAAUUCGGUGUUAAUACGCAUUUGUUUGUGUAAUUCGGUUAGAAGGGCAUGUAAACAUCGAGGCUGGAAUUAAGGCUUUUAUUUUGAAAUCCGGAAGUUUGCAAACUUUGUUCUGAGGAGAGUUGUUUUGCUAGCUAGCUGUUUAUCUUAGCAAGCUGCUAACUAGCUAGCUUUUGAAUGAACGUAAUAAUAAUGGAAUAUAAAAUGGCAGCGUUUUCAAGUUUGUAAUAUUUCUGCAAGAUUUCUUCAGCUAUGGAGACGUCCUCAAAAGGAAAGGCCAAGCGGAGGCACCUGAGUGCAACAGAGUGCAGCGGUUUAACCCAAAGCCUCACCGGAAGUCCAGCAAUCACACAACCUUUCAUCGUGAACCUCCAUCAUAAAGACCCUAAUAAAGGCCUUCAACCUAGGACACCGACUAAAAGGAAACGAAUAGAUGGCCGACAACAGAAAGCCAUUACAGGUUUCUUUCCCUCUGCCGGGGUCCUGAGCAGCAGCCCGCAAAAAGGCAACUCGGCGAAGAUGGAGCCAGGACUGAACUGUCACACUGUCCUGAAAGAGAAGGAAGAGGUGCAGCAUGAUGUGACGGAGCUCAUGGAAGGCAUUACUGAAGAGAUGUUUGUGGAUGAUGAGGAGUUUGAGACAGGCAUUUGUUCUGUAAAGAAAGAGGAGAAUGAGCAGGAGGUGAUGAGAGCAGGAUGCAGCAGUUGGGCUUCUCCAUCUCACUCCAGCUUUCAUAAUGGAUACGUGAAAAAGGAGGAAAAAGAAGACGAAGAGUAUGAUGUGCAAAGCCUCCCUGAUGCUCAUUAUGGGUUACUGGGAUUGAAUCAGAUGCUACUGGAGCCUCAAGGUCACAUUCAGGACUUGCCUGGAGAGCUCCUGAGUGUUAUUUUCGCACAGCUCCCAGCAGAUGAUCUUUACCGCCAUGUCAGUCUGGUGUGUCGGCACUGGAGAGACAUUGUCAUGAACAGCCAGUUUCUUCCAUGGAAGAAGUUGUACUACAGAUACCAGAAGCAGGAGGAAAUGGCAGUGAAGCAGCUGAAAUCCCUCGUUGAAGACAACGGCAUUGUCAGAAAGGAUGAUCUCUGUGUGCUGAACAUGGUGAGGUACAUGGCACAGUUUAAACACAGCAGAUGGGUGAACGUUGAAGAUGUUUUGCGGUGUGUGAAAGGACAUCGGCUCUAUGCCCAGGCAGAGGCCUGCAUCAAGCACAGGCUGCCAGACGUCGAGACGAUCGACGGAGGACCAAACCCCUGGUCUGCCAUGGCUCUGAUGCUGAUCCUUGCAGAUGGAUUGAUUGAUGUCCUGGACCUGGUGACUCGUUUACGAACCUCUGGCUGUUUACCGACUCCGGACUUGAUCUCGGAGUUCCUAUGGGCCAUGGCUACACUGCUCCUGACCAUGAGGAACACUAACAUUAACAUCACUAACAGGUGGCAUUACAAUAUUUUUUAUGUGUUGCAUCUAAUGGAGAAUGCACCUCCGCCUCUGAGUCACGGUGACGGCAGGGAAAAGCAGAUAUACGUCACUCAUGAACAGCAGCAGAUCCUCAAUCACAACAUACAGAGACACCACAUUGUCAAAAUCAUGGCUUUUGCUGGUACUGGAAAGACGACGACUCUGGUGAAGUACGCAGAACAACGGCCUCAUUUGCGCUUCCUCUACAUUUCCUUUAACAAGUCUGUGGCCAUGCAGGCCAAACACAGUUUCCCUUUUAAUGUAGAAUGCAGGACCAUACACUCUAUGGCCUACCAAGCUAUCGGACGCAGGUACAAAAAUUUAAGUAAGCUAAGUAGUGGUCUGAAACCAUUCACAAUAGCCUGGGUGCUUCCCGAGGGCCACGGUGGCUUUGUCAACGCCAAGGUCGUAACAGAAACCAUCAACAACUAUUGUUCCUCCACGGAUGAGUGUAUUGGCCCACAGCACGUCCCGGAACGCUACAAGAAUACCAACGGACGUGAGGAGUGUCCAACCGAACACAAAAAGAAGGAGUUUGCACUUGACGCACAAAACAUUUGGAAGAAAAUGACCGAGCUGAAACCCACCAAAGAAGCAGCGCACCACAUAACCCAUGAUGGUUACCUCAAACUGUGGCAGUUACAGAAGCCUGAACUCAAAGACUAUGAUUCGAUUUUCAUAGACGAAGCUCAGGACUGCACUCCAGUCAUCAUGGACAUCAUGCUUUCUCAGUCUUGUGGAAAGAUCCUGGUUGGAGAUCCCCAUCAGCAGAUAUACACCUUCAGAGGAGCUGUCAAUGCUUUACAUACUGUUUCUCACACACAUCUUUACUACCUAACACAGAGUUUUAGAUUCGGCUCUGAGAUCGCCUACGUCGGUGCGACGGUCCUAGAUGUCUGCAAAAAGGUGAAAAAAAUUUUGGUCGGUGGACGACAGGACGGCAUCGUGAGAGGUGAGGACAACGAGACUCUGGACAACAUAAGACUGGCUCGUACACAGGUUGAAGGAAAGGUAGCCAUUUUGUGCCGCUGUAAUGUAACCGUGUUCAGUGAAGCGGUGCGGCUCACCGACGUUAACCCUAUCUGCAAGAUCCACAUUGUCGGUGGUGUUGACAAUUUUGGGUUGAAGCAAAUCCUGGAUAUCUGGAUUCUGAUGCAGCCAGAGGACAAACGUAGGAACGAGUGUUUGUGGAUUAAGGACUCAUUUAUUCGGAGUUUCUGUAGCGAGAAGCUGGGCGGGUACGCAGGCCUAAAGAAGUAUGCCACACACACAGAAGACCGUGAGCUGGAAGCCAAGCUGUCAGUGGUGGAGAAAUAUAACAAGCGCAUUCCAGAGCUGGUGGAUCGGAUCUACAACCGUGCUCAGAGCAAGCCGAACUGCGCAGACUAUAUCAUAGGCACGGUGCAUAAAUCUAAGGGUCUGGAGUUUGACACGGUGGUGGUGAUGGAUGACUUCAUAAAAGUGCCUUGUUCCAGACACAACCUGCAGAGGAUGAACAUUAACCCAGGUAUUAAAACAGCUGACGCAGACGAGUGGAACCUGCUGUACGUGGCCGUGACUCGAGCUAAGAGAGCGCUGUACAUCACCAAGAGUGUCAGCAACAUCCUCACACUUGCAGGGGAAUACUUUCUGAGGUUUGAGAUGACCAGUACGCUUUUAAAUAAGGAUCUGCAUCGCCGAUGCAGCACCAGAGAGUGUCCCAAUCUCCUCACUACAGAGUCACCACUCAGCAUGCACAAACUCCCUAUUCGAUACAUGGACACUGCAGAGGAAGGUGGUGUUCUCUGUGCUACGUGUGUGGAACAGCGUGUAGGUCCUGUAGCUUAUCUUCUCUCUCCACCUGAGACGGUCAAGUCUAUGCAUUACACAGAGGAGCGACCCGAGCUGCCUGUUAACAUCGCCAUGCUGCUGGCUCUGCUCUAACAGGACAAACAUACUAUUAUUGUACACUGUGGAUAUGUAAAUGCUCAACUGUGUGCGUGUGUGUGUGUAUAUAUACAUAUAUAUAUAUACACAGUGGUGUGAAAAAGUGUUGGCCCCCUUCCUGAUUUUUUUUAUUAUUUUUUUUUUGCGUUAUUUUUUAAUUAAGGUUUUUAUUAUUAAGGGAAAACAAAAUUAAAACCUCUGUGUGUACGUACGCACAUGCAUGCACAGUGUACGUAGGUUUAAACUGAUUGUCUUUGUGUUUUUGUGCGGCUAAAUGCUACGAUCCACUUUAAGGCAGCUGGUAUUUUUUUUUACGUAUGCAAUUUUAAAUUUCCAGUCAGUGUUUGUUAUAAAAUGUACAAAGCUGUACUUGCAGUGAUUAGAGAUGUCAUAUGUGUAGUUGGUUAAUGCGUUCAACAAUGGUGGUGUUCUAUACUUUGAUUUUUUAUACUAAAUUUGAGCCCACAGUGAAGCGCACAAUUAUUUGCGAAGCGGUUCGAUAUUACAGCGGCGUGCAGAAGUUUUGGCGUCCUCUGAACGAAGAACACCAACAAGAAAUUUCGUGAAGAUAUAAACCAAAUGGAUAAAGACAGGGAUUCAAAAGUUUUUUUUCGCAAAAGACCAUCAGGAAAACUUAUGGAGAAACUAAUACGUGAUUGUAUAGUGAAAAUAUAAAGACACAGGCACUUUGUUGAAGCCCGAUCAGAGAAAUACUUUCACUGUAAAAAAAAAAAAAAAAUCUUUUAAAUCUCUUUGAUCUUGCUGCAGGAAUGUUGACGUUGCCUGGAGCAGGACGCUGCCAGUGCAUUGCUUUCCUGUCUCACACUGUUGUAAUCUUCAUCUUUCCCAGGAAAUAUUCACAUCAGUCUGGAAUACACUCACAUUCCAACCUGCUGUUGGACCACUGGAUUAUGCCACUGCAUCGAAUUUUGUUUCUCACUCCUCCUUUAGAAUUUCUAUUGUAUAUCAAGCUUAUAUGUGUCUUCUAGAGGAACAGAGAAAUAUUUUUUCUAGUAUUAAGGUGAUCCUUUUUCAAUUAGGACUAUUAAUAAAGUGACAGUGGACCUUUUAUGACCUGAAUGUCAUAUCGGUGCUUUACAGCCUUUUGCACUAUACACUUUGAACAGUGUGUAUAUUCAUAUUAUAACACUGUUACCUGUUUGUUUGUUUUUUAUUUUGUUUAUGUACAUAAAGAAUGACAUUGUACUUAAAAACAU